AUGUCAAUAAUAGUAACAGAUAGACAACCUUUUAAAUUGAUAAUCAAUUCAAUAGUAUUAAAUAAAUUGAUAUUCAACUAUGUAAAAUUAUUGCAUAAAAUAAGAAACAAUAAUAGAAAAUAUGUAGAAAUCAAUGGUCUAAGUAUUGGUGGUGGUGGUGGUGGUAGUUUAGGUUUAGAUGGUCUCAAUUCAUUUCUCUAUGGAAUUCGUAGUGGUAUCGGUCAGAAGACAGCGAGAUUCAAUUGGUAUCAACUUCUAAGGCGACCCGAUCAAUUGAUAAAGUAUAGCUAUAUCGAGUGUUUCUUUGAUCAGUUUAAACGUCACUACGAUGAGUGUGAUAAGCGGUUGUUACGCUCCAGACAUACAGUACCGUCGUUGCUACUACAGUAUAUCGAUGCCGUCAAGGUUGCAUUGUCUCGUGGCUGUCUACCGAUUGUAAAGCUAUUCUUUGAGCAGCAUCACAAACUUUUAUUGGAGUUGGUCAAGAAUUCAUCGAUAAAGAUUGCUGCGAGAAAUGGACAUCUCAAUAUUGUAAAAAGUGAAGGAUGUACGAAGCACGCUAUGAAUCAAGCUUGUUGUAAUGGCCACUUAGAAGUGGUACAAUUUCUCCAUGAAAAUAGAAGCGAAGGGUGCACACGCGAAGCAAUGUCGUUGGCCGCAAGGAAUGGACAUAUCAGAGUUGUUAGAUUCUUGCAUGAGAAUCGAUUGGAAGCAUGGGGAACACAACCAAUGAGUUGGGCAGCUGCACAUGGCCAUAUGGAGAUUUUAGAGUAUCUACACAUCAACCGAUACGAAUGCUCUAAAUACGCGAUGAACACUGCUGCGACGAAUGGGCACCUCCCGGUAGUUCAAUUCCUCAAUGAAAAUAGAAGUGAAGGGUGCAACCGUGACGCUAUGAAUGGCGCAUCAAAAAACGGACAUUUGGAAGUGGUACGGUACCUACACGAGCACCGAACCGAAGGAUGUUCAAACCUAGCUAUGAAUCAAGCCGCUGCCAAUGGACACCUCCAAAUUGUUCAAUUUCUCCAUGAAAAUAGAAGUGAAGGGUGCACUGUCUUUGCGAUGAAUCAUGCCGCUAAAAAUGGCCAUUUCGAUAUUCUGAAAUUCUUGCACUAUAAUAGAAGUGAAGGUGCAAAUAUCGAUGCAAUGAACUACGCUGCCUCAAAUGGACAUUUAGAUAUAUUGCAAUUUUUGCAUUAUAAUCGCACAGAAGGAUGUAGCAGCCAGGCACUUGGAUGGGCUGCCACCGGUAAUAAACUAGAAAUAGUUAAGUUCCUCCAUGAGAAUCGCACCGAAGGUUGUAGUAAUAUAAAUACUUUUCAUAAUACUCUUGAUGUUGUGGCAUCACUUGGAAGAACUGAGAAAUUCACUUCGAGGGCUAUGGACUUAGCCGCUCAAAACGGCCACCUCGAAAUUGUGAAAUUCUUGCACUAUAAUCGUACCGAAGGUUGCACAACUGAGGCUUUGGAGUACGCAGCUAAACAAUCACACUUGGAAAUUGUAAAAUUCUUAUUGGAGAACAGAACAGAGCCAUUCAAUAUUAAAAAGACGAUAUCAUUGGCAACUAUAAGCAAGAGUACCGAUGUCCUCAAUUAUUUAAAUGAACAUUAUCAACCAAAACAAAAUUUCUGCUUAACUCUGGAGAUUAGUGAGUUUUUUAAUUAUGUUAACAAGGAUAAUUUUGAUGCUGAUAUUCUAUUCUAA